AUGAAUGAAUCUGCCAUGUGCCUAGCAAUACAACACAUAUGUACGCAAAGUGAGAGCAGCAAGAAGGGAGUUCCGAACUCCACAGCAUUUCGAGACGAGAAAUGGAUGACGAAAUUAGCAGCUCCACCUAAUGGGAUGAUUGAUGAUCUGAUCUCAUCUGACCCAUUUAAGAUUUCCAUGCCUCCGAGGUAUUCCGAUACGAUGGACUUGGCAAUACUCGUCGGAUUCAACGUUCCCGUAUAG